ACGGUAUCAUUUAGCCGAAGCAGUGGUCCAGGCGGUCAGAACGUGAAUAAAGUCAAUACUAAGGUGGACUUGAGACUAUCACUUUCAAAAGCAACAUGGAUUCCAGAGUAUGCCAGAGAUACACUAAGAUCUCUGCCUAAUGUAAAAAAAAGUAAAGAUGACGAAGUGAUCAUCACCUCUGACAAGACUCGUUCACAAUCUAAAAAUGUUCAAGACUGCUAUGAUAAACUAGUGACUACGAUCAAACAAGCAGUGGCAGUACCCAGAGAACCGGAUGAAGCGACGUUAAGAAGAGUCAAACAAUUGUGA